GCCGCGCGACUUUUUUUGCCGCUCUUUGGGUCCGAAGAGGCCUUGAGGGGUGUGGGUGUGUGUGCGCGUGCCCGGUUACUUGAGUUAGAGUGCGGCAACAUGGCUUGGAAAUUCCUGAGAAACUUCCCAUGGGAAUUAGAUCCUGAUUUGUAUGGAGACAAGCAUUACAAUCCCUUUACACGUGAAUUUUAUCCCAGCCUAGAAGACAUUGUGGGACCCAGUGUUGCUGGGGUGACUGAUGAAGACCUUGAUUCAGCUAUUUUAUUUGGAACUUUGCGAGGCAGUGUGGUUGGAUUACGGUACUAUACAGGGGUGGUCAGUAACAAUGAAAUGGUCGCACUCCAGCGAGAGCCUGCUAAUCCAUAUGACAAGAAUGCUGUAAAAGUAAACAAUGUGAAUGGAGACCAGGUAGGCCACAUCAAAAAAGAACUGGCAGCGCCCUUGGCUUAUAUCAUGGACAACAAGUUGGCAGUGGUUGAAGGGGUUGUUCCACGUGGAGCAAAUAAUGUUUUCACUAUGCCUGUACAGUUGAAUUUCUGGGGAAGAGAGGAAAAUAAGGAAGCAGUAUUAAAUCGAUUGAAGAUGCAUGGAUUUAAGUUAGCUCCUCCAGGAAGAGGUGUAGAAUUUGGAAUGGGUACUGGCUCGACAUCUGGGAAAUUUGGAAGAAUGUACAGUGCUCCAGCCCAUGCUGCGGUGCAAAUGACAACUGAGCAGCUGAAAACUGAAUUUGACAAACUCUUUGAAGAUCUAAAGGAAGAUGAUAAAACCCGUGAAGUGGAAGCUGCGGAAGCUGUUUUAACUCAGUUGCUUCCACAUCAGAAACAAGCUUUAGCUUGGAUGAUCUCACGUGAGAACAAUAAGGAACUACCUCCAUUUUGGGAAGAAAGGGAGGAUUACUUCUACAAUACAGUUACAAACUUUGCUGAAAAAAAGCGACCGGAAAAUGUACUUGGAGGAAUAUUAGCAGACGAUAUGGGACUGGGUAAAACACUUACUAUGAUUGCAGUGAUUCUUACCAACUUCCAUGAUGGCAAAUCUCUUCCUGUUGAAAGGAAAAGUGGUCAGUUGAAAGAGAAAGGUGUGGCUGCUGUGAAAACUGACUUACAAGUAGCCAAAUGUAGCCUGCAGCUGAAUGCUUCUGAUACAAAGGAGGAAGGUGACUCUGUUUUGUCUCAGCCAUCCAGACCCUGUCGAAAAAGAGCGACAGGAAAAAAGCCAAAGUAUACAGUAAGCAGUGACUCAGAAGCUGAAGAUGAAAAAACACAAGACAUGAAAAGUAAAGUGAAAAAAACAGGUACAGCUACAAGAAAAAGAAGAAAAGCUGCUUCUGAUAUUCAGGAAGAUAAAGCGUUUGCCUCUGCUCUUGGGGAACAAGGUGUUUCUUCAAAAAAAGCAAAGAAAAAAGGUGGUGCUGAUGUAAAGGACAAGAAAAAUGAAGCUGAUGAAACUCUUAGAGCAACAUUGAUCGUUUGUCCACUUUCUGUCCUCAGUAACUGGAUUGACCAGUUUGAACAACAUGUCGAUCCAAAUGUUCAGCUGAACCUUUACGUUUACUAUGGUUCGGAGCGCAGGAAAGAUCCAGCAAUACUUUCAAGACAGGAUGUUGUAUUAACAACUUACAGUGUUUUAGCUAGUGACUAUGGAACUGGAAGUAAAAGUCCUUUACACAAAUUAAAGUGGCUGAGAGUGGUGUUGGAUGAAGGACAUACCAUAAGAAAUCCAAAUGCUCAGCAGACGAAAGCUGUGUUGGAUUUGGAUGCACAGAGGAAGUGGAUUUUGACAGGGACACCUAUUCAAAAUUCCUUAAAGGAUCUGUGGUCUCUCCUUUCCUUCUUAAAGCUCAAACCUUUCACGGAUAGAGAGUGGUGGCACCGAACAAUCCAGCGCCCUGUUACCAUGGGGGAUGAAGGAGGGCUUAAGCGUUUACAAUUGCUGAUUAAGAGUAUUACACUUCGAAGAACUAAAACAAGCAAAGUUAAAGGGAAGCCAGUUUUGAAGCUUCCAGAACGCAAAGUAUUUAUUCAGCAUAUUACGCUUACAGAGGAAGAGAAUGCGGUCUAUAACUCUGUGAAAAAAGAGAGUGUAGCUGCUAUUUGCAGAUAUUUUAAUGAGGGAACUGUCUUAAGCAACUAUGCAGAUGUUCUUGGGGCUUUGGUCAGAUUAAGGCAGUUGUGCUGUCAUCCCUGGCUCUGUACAAGUACAUCUUCAUCCAGCACUGUAGAAGGUAAUCGGACCCCAGAAGAACUACGUGAGAAGUUAAUAGAUAAGAUGAAGUUAGUUUUAAGCUCUGGGUCAGAUGAAGAAUGUGCUAUCUGCUUGGAAUCAUUGAUUUUUCCUGUGAUCACUCACUGUGCUCAUGUGUUUUGUAAACCAUGUAUCUGUGAAGUCAUUCAAAGAGAAAAGGCCAGUGCUAAAUGUCCUCUUUGCAGAAAAGAGAUUGGAUUAGAGCAUUUGGUAGAAUGUCCUUUAGAGGAAUCUGAUAGUGGAAAAAAGACUGACAAAGAAUGGGUACCAAGUUCAAAGAUCAAUGCACUAAUGCAUGCUUUGAUAAAACUAAGGAAGCAAAAUCCAGCUACCAAGAGUUUAAUCGUUUCUCAAUUCACAAAAUUCCUGUCUCUGAUAGAGAUUCCACUAAAAGAAUCUGGGUUUGCCUUCACCCGGUUAGAUGGAUCCAUGGCUCAGAAAAAGAGAGUUGAGGCAAUUCAGCAAUUCCAAAGUGAAGAACCAGGGUCCCCAACAGUCAUGUUAUUAUCUUUGAAAGCUGGUGGCGUUGGUUUGAAUCUGACAGCAGCUUCACGGGUAUUUUUAAUGGAUCCCGCUUGGAAUCCUGCUGCAGAGGAACAGUGCUUUGAUAGAUGUCACAGACUUAGACAGAAGCAUGACGUUACCAUCACCAAGUUCAUUGUGAAGAACUCUGUGGAAGAAAAUAUGCUGAAAAUCCAGGACAAGAAGAGAGAACUUGCGGCUGGAGCCUUUGGAACAAAAAAAACAUCUAGUGAAACAAAAAUUAAUGACAUUAAGACUCUGAUGGAUUUAUAAUUUGAUAUGUUAUUACCAAGUCCCACUUCAGUGCGAUUUAAUUCUACCUAUUAAGUGCAGAUAUCCUGGACCUCUGCAUUAUGGACUUCAGAAGCAUGACUUGAAACCAUUAUGCAUCAGUUUUCAAACUGAACUAGUACCCUUAUAUUUUAUGUUAUGUUUAGUGUACAAAAAGCUUCUGAAUAUCAUUCUCAACAAAGCUAUGCUGAGAAAAACAGUAACACUUUAGCAAACAAUAUCCCCUGUAAUUGAAAUAUUUAGAGCAUUAACAGCAAUAUUAGCAUGCUUUUCUGUAGUGAAGCAGGUGAUCUCAGUUUUGUAGUGUCUAUAGUCACAGCAAAGUUUUCUAAGAGGACAGAGCACAUGGGAUAAGAACCGAGUUGCCCUAUUCUUCCAUCUAUACUACAUUUAAUGGCACAACAUUUUAUUUGUUUUUAGUUCAACAAGGUCUGCGAAUCUAGUCUUUUUAUUGGAGUUCCUUUUCUGAUACUCCAUGGUUUGCACCACACUCUAUAGCUGGAAUUUGUAUGAGACCACACAGUGACUCUUUGUAGGCAAAGUACUUGUGGAGCCAAAACAUCUAAUCUUGAAUGGGAGUAGUUAAGUGAGGAUUCUCUGCCUGAAAUCUGAUCAGUUUUUACUACUCAAGUGAACUUUUGUUUUGAUUAAUACUGCCUCUGUUCUGUUACUGUGGUGGAAAAAUCACAUUGCUGAAAUAGUAAAACCUCAGUAAUUUUGUGAAAGUUUUAUUUCUAGGUAAAUAAAAUUGUGGUUUAUCUGGAA